AUGUGGCGGCAGUUUCUCACUUGCAUUUACCUCAAGCUAUGUACUUUCACUCUUUAUAUCCUCCGCCGCAAUGCAUCACACCCCAAUGCAAACUCGACCAAGCUGGUUAAGCUACCUGUCGCAUCUUUCCCAGGCUCGACUGCUCUCUUUUUCCGUCGUCGUCCGAGCAUCAUUCUGAAAGCUCCUGUCAAGGUAGGCGAUGAUCAGAUUUUGCGAAAGCGACACAGCGUGGAUCACUACUUCCGUAUCAAAGAGCAGAUCCUUAGCAGGCUUGGUAACCACAAGGAUUGUCAGGCUUUCUUACAUCAGCAUGGCAAAGAAAUUACACCCAGCCUUCGCUAUAGGUGGUUUAUUCAGGCGAUCAAAUCUAUCGUGUUUAUCCAUAGUAAGGGUGUUAUACAUGGCGAUCUGAGACCCGAAAACUUCCUCGUCCAUGGCACAUUGCCUCUAUCACUUGACUUAUGCCUCUGCGACUUUGGCGGAUCAACUUGCAAAAACCUCCAGCUUACUCGCGGAAAACUUCCCGACUCUGGCUUUUAUAACCCGAACGUUGCCUGGGAACCGACUUAUACCGUUGAUAUUUUUGGCCUUGGUUCUGUCUUGUAUACCAUCAUUACGGGUUUUUGA